UCUAGUUUAGUUUUUCUUUCAUGUUUUGAUUUUGCACAGCCAGGUAUAUCUCAAGUUGGAGCUCUGAUGGACGGCAAAAGUAAAAAUAUGCAGCAGAAUGAGUCAUCUCUUCUGUUGCAAUUGCCAAAUUCUAUGCUUUCUUUUAACGAAAUGAGUUCAAGCCCUCUUUUAAUGCCGGUAGCUGUGGAAAAAACUGAUGAUACUCAAAGUCGUGAAUCUACUCCAAAUUCUGGGUUUGAUAAUAGUGAUCAAUCUUCCAAAUCCAGUGCACCUGUAGCUAAAUCUAUUUGUCAACUUGAGCAGCCGUUGCUUAUGCGGAAAUCAACAUCAAAUCCGUCUACUCAAUCUACAAUUCCUCAAGUGUAUUCUCAAUUUCCUGUUUCUUCACAAAUUGGCCCUCCUCCACCUGACUCGCAGGUAGGGAUAUCCAGCCAACCAGUAGGAAGUGAAACUGGAAUUUUUACUCCCAAGUCUUGCCAUAGUGGUGGAGAAUCCUCUGAAUGUUCUCAUGUGGAAAGGACAGAAUUGGCUCCACCAUCCGUUAGUGGGAGUACUGAUUUUGAAGCCUAUUCCUUGCAGUCAGCAUCAGCUCCAGCCUUUUAUUCUGUACCUGGGGAAAGCCAUUCAGAUGUGCCAAAUGUGUAUGCAAAACUACCUGGUGAAAUACAUGGAUCUUUACCUUCGUAUGAUUAUGCUGCUCCAGUUACACAUUCUCAUGAUUCCAAGUAUUUUCAAAUGACUCAAAGUAAUACUUUUCAAAAUACCUUGCAUUCCAGCAUUCCAAAUCAAAAUUACUCAUAUUAUGUUCCUGUAAAACCACAUUGGUUAUUUGAAGAUACUAUAGAAUCCAGAGAAGUGUGGUAUGGAUUCAGUGAAAUGGAUUCAGAACAACUUGAAGCUGCUUUUCUAAAAGGUGACAAUUCUGUUGUCCAUACUGAUGGUGGGCGAUAUGAUGUGUAUAUUCACGAAAGAAUCAAGAAGUCUGUUUACUUUGAUUCUAAAGAUCUACCAGUUAGGCGAGGUACUUGGUUUUACCAUAAUGGAACAUCAUCACGUUUUCGACCAUAUACAGAAGAAACUGCAACGAUUCUUGAACAACACUAUUAUAACUGUGUUAGCUCAGGGCAAUGGCAAAGAAGAUUCAAUGUCCCUGGAGUGGGAAGUUUUGUUUUUGAAAAUGAACAAGUGAUGUUGCAUUAUAAAAAUGAAUUGGAAGUUUGGCCUACAUUGCCUGAUUCUAAAGCUAGUCCAAAAAUUGUUAAACGAGGUUUACCUGAUGGAUUCGAAAUAAUGCCAAAUGAAUCAUCUAAUAUAGACCAUCUCGUUUUUAUUGUUCAAGGAAUUGGAUCAUUUUGUGAUCUUCGUUUUAGAACAGUUUCGCAAUGUGUGGAUGGAUUCCGUGACAUAGCCAAUAAAUUGAUCGCUACUCAUUUUAAAAAUGAAGUAGAUCAAGGAUUGGUAGGAAGAGUUGAGUUCCUUCCUGUUGCAUGGCAUGCUAAGCUACACACUAGUGAUGUUGGUCUUGAUCGGCGAAUGCAAAAGGUGACUUUGCCUAGCAUACCAAAGCUUCGUCAUUUUACUAAUGAUACUUUAAUCGAUAUUUUGCUGUACAGCACACCAUCCUAUUGCCAAUCCAUUAUAGAUACUGUAGCAUGUGAACUAAACAAUUUAUACGAGCUCUUUUUGUCAAGAAAUCCCAAUUUUUCUGGACAAGUGUUUGUGGCUGGUCACAGUUUAGGCUCUUUAAUUCUUUUCGAUAUUCUUGCUAACCAAAACACUUCUGGAUGUGAGAUUCCAUGUCAAAAGGAAGAUUAUUUGGAAAGCGAGAAAGCAACGACAGUCGAUAGCCAUUGUAAAAGUGCUGAUUUAACCUCUAAUAUCUGUGAACCACAAGAAAGUUUUGAAUCUCUGCUUGAAUCCCUUGAUUUGAAUGAUUAUGCUGAAACUUUUACUACAGAAAAAAUUGAUUUUGAAACUUUGGUUCUUUUAACUGAAGAUGAUUUGAAAAGUCUUGGUCUUCCAGUUGGGCCUCGAAAGAAACUUCUUAAUGCAGUGGCUACUAAUAAGAAUAAAACAAGCAACGAAGAAGUUUCUGGUGAUUCUGCAGGCAGCAGUACUCAACAAUGUAACAAAUCUGAUGUAGCCCUACCUAAUUCUAUGGAAAAAAAUACAAUGAUAUUUCCAGCACAAGCCGUUCAAUCUGGAAUGGCUCUAAUAGUUUAUCCUAGGCUGAAAUUUCAACCUGCUUGUUUUUUUGCACUGGGUUCUCCGAUUUCGAUGUUUUUAGCUGUUCGAGGUUAUGAUACCAUCAGUGAAAAUUUUAAAUUCCCUACUUGCCCUGCAUUCUUCCAUAUAUUCCAUCCGUAUGACCCUGUGGCUUUUCGAAUUGAACCUUUAAUUGAUCCAGAUUUUUCUGCAAAACCUGUGUUGAUUCCACAUCAUAAAGGAAGAAAGCGGAUGCAUUUAGAGAUCCGAGAAAAUGUUUCCAAGAUAGCCAGUGAAAUAAAACAAAAACUGAUGGAUACAAUGCGCUAUACAUGGAACUCAUUGAGUGAGUUUGCAAAAAAUCACUCUUUUCCAAGUGCAAUGUUAGAAGCUGAAGUAGAUAAAUUGGUGGAGCAAGAAAUGUCAGAGACAGUGGAAACACAAGAAGCUUCAUCAGAGGACAUUAAAAUUGGAUUGCUUAAUGGUGGUAGAAGAAUUGAUUAUGUUCUACAAGAAAAACCAAUCGAAGCUCUAAAUGAUUAUGUGUUUGCUCUUACAAGUCAUGCCACUUACUGGGAUUCGGAAGAUACUGUUCUGAUGAUACUGCGAGAGAUAUAUGCCAUGCAAGGCAUCGUCAUAUCUACUCAGCAAAUAGAGCAAAGAUCGUUUAUUCAACCUAGAGAAUCAUUUGAUAGGAGUACAUCUUUGGAUUCUGUAUCUUUAAUGGGUGUACCUGAAAAUACUGCGAAGGUUCAGAAAGGUUUUGAUUAUAAUCAAACAUUUAGCAUACCAGCAGAAAGCGCACCUGCUAUACCAAGUAGUAUCUUUAAACCACCAGAUACAAAUAACAUGCUUCCAACCAUGGCAGCUACCAACAAUUCUCAAGCUUCUUCUGCCAUUCCAGGUUCCAAUCAUAUUGGUCCUCCUCCACUAUCUGGAUUUGUAAGAAAAUCACCUUUUGCUAGAUGAUUUUCACUUUGGAUCGUUAUUCAUAAUUUCAAGGGUAGUAAAUUUAAGACACUUAGAUCAUAUGAGAUGGUACUAUGUGUAAAUAAAAAGAAUAUCUAUAUAAACCAUUAGACAUAAAGAUGGCUGUGUCUGUGAUGAUAAUUAGAGAUGGUGUUUCUCUUCUAUGAUAAAAGAUAUUUUUAUUUAAUUGCAGUGGAUAAAAAUUAAACAACUUUUUCUUCUAUUUCUUUCGUUUUGUCUUUAAAUUAUAAAGCACAUUUAAUUAAAGUUUGCCAUUUUGCUUUUAAAAGUUAAUUUAUACUUUUAAAAAAUCAUUCUGUUUUUACAAAAUAAUUAAUGUUUCUAAAUUUAGCAUUUAAUUAUUCUUUUCAGUCUUUAUGAAUAAGAAAGUAAGAACAUUAUACAUUGCUUUUGAUUUGAAUGAUUUAACCAGAAGACUUUCCGUAAAAUGUUUAUCUUUAAAAAUUAAGUGCUCAUAUUUUGUAGUUACAUAUCCUUUAAAGGAUGUAAAAACUCAGACAGUGUAUAAACUCUUUUACUGUUUUUUGUAAUGUAUGUCUAAGUUGCAUAAUAACAAUUUAUGUAUUAUUUUUUUGCUUUGCAAAACUGUGCUAGAAUUUUCUCUUAUUUAAUUGCAGUGAAUAAAAAUUAAACAGAUUUUUUUUCUCAUUUUUCUACUUUUUUUAUUUCUUUAUUAUUUUUUUUUUUUCAUUAAAGGUUAAUAGUAAUUUAAAAUGUGGAAAUUAAUUUACACUUUUCCAAAAAAAAAUUAUUCUGUUUUUGCAAAACGCUGUAUUUUUCUAAAA